AUGGCUGAUCAGGAGAGGAUAGAGCAACAGGCUCAAGAAGCCGAGCACCAGGCUCAUCCAAAUCAAGCGCAGGCCGAGAGGAAUGAACAACAGGCCUAUGUCGACCAAAACAUGGCUCAGCGUAAUGAAAGACAGGCUCAGCUAAACCAGUACCAAGCCAAUCGCAAUGAGCAACAGGCUAAAAACAUUCCUCAGCCGCAGCCGCAACCUCAAAGGCAACCUCCACUAGUCUUUGUUGGUGAGAACGACCGAGCUAAUGCACAUCAGUAUAAAGCACGGAUCCAAGCACCACCGGUACAAAACAACAACUUUGAAGUUAAAGCCUCCUUGCUCGAUAUGGUGCAAAACUCCAAGUUUCACGGCCUACCAAUGGAGGAUCCUUUGGAGCACUUGGAUCAAUUUGAUCGCGUUUAUGACCUCACCAAGAUAAACGGGGUAUCAGAAGACAGCUUUAAACUACGGUUGUUUCCCUUCAGCUUAGGUGAUAAAGCACAUCAAUGGGAGAUGAAUCUUCCUAGGGGAACAAUAGAGACCUGGGAGAAGUGCAAGCUUGCAUUUCUCUCCAAGUUAUUCUCUACUUCCAGGGCGGCCAAGCUCAGAAACCAAAUCUCAAGCUUCACACAACACACAAAUGAAAGUUUUGGAGAGGCUUGGGAACGGAACCAACUUGAUACAACAUCUAAUGGGAACUUUCUUGGGAAGGAGAUCAAUGCCGCAACGGAGCUAGUGGAGAAUCUUGCAAUGUCCAAUGAUACAUAUGGUGAAGAUUUCGACCGAGCUAACCGAAAAGAGGGAUCUACUAAAGAACUGCGUAUCGAAAAAGAUAUCAGGGAGCUUCAAAACAAACUAGACAAACAUAAGCAGCAGUUUAGUGGGCAACAACAGAUCUAUGGACAACAGCAGCAAUCGGCUCAGGGCAGUAACUACAACAGCCAACCACAGCAACAUAAGUUUCCACCAGGGUUCAGUCCACAGCUGAUGGGUCAUCAGCAGCAGCAGCAGGCGCCGGUUCAGAAUCAGAUGGGGCCAGAUAUGUGUGGGCUUCUACAGCAGUUUCUACAGGGUCAACAAAGGGUCGAGAGUCAGUAUGCGUCCAUGAAACAAGAUAUCAGCGAGCUUAUGCAGAAUCAAGCUUCCACAUCAUCAAGAGGACAAGCUUUACCUGGAAAGCCGGAACCAAAUCCCAAAGAACAUGUUAAUGCAAUCACUUUGAGAAGUGGCAAAGAACUACAAGGGCCUGAUCCUAAGCAAAAGCUCAUCGAGGACAAUGAGCAGAUCGGUGGGGAGGCAGCCUCAAGAGAUGAGCAAGAGGAUGUCGUUUCAAAGGAAGAACCGGUUAAAGACAAGGCUAAAGAGGUGGAGAAGGCACCUGAGCUUGAAAAGCCUUAUGUUCCACCACCUCCUUAUCAGCCUAAGAUUCCUUUUCCAGGGCGAUUCAAGAAACAAAUCUUAGAUAGGGCAAAAGCAGUAUUUGAGAAGCACUUAGAGAAUACUCAGAUGACAUUGCCGAUCCUAGAUGCUUUUCUAGCUAUACCUCAGCUUGGAAAGUUUCUAAAAGACGCAAUACUUAACAAGACUAAGGAGCUUUAA